AUGUCUGAUAAAAGUGUGAUAAUAUUACGUGUGAUAAAUUUGAGUUGUACAGGUACGAAAGACGUUUCCCUUUGUUUCGAUUAUCAAUUCAGCAAACAAAGAUCGGGUCGUCAAAAUUCACUACCGAGAAUAUUUUACCACGGAUUCGAUUUCGUUUGUCAAAGGGUAAAAAGGAAUUCUUAUAAAUAUUGGAGAUGUAGCAGGUACACGAUAACCGGAUGUAAGGGACGCGCCAUAUUGGAAUAUAACGGGGGUUUAAGACUUAACGAAGGUCACAAUCACAAUCCUUUAUCACAUUCCGAAAUGUUAAAAAUGUAUUUCAUGCCGAGAAACGAAACCGUACAAAUCGGAUACGAAUACGUGAGUCCGAUUCAAACGGUUCAAAAAAAGUCACAGCCUUUGAGAUUGUGGAGAUGUUGCAGGUACAUGUAUUAUCAACAGGUUUGCGGUGCUAGUGCCGUUUUGGAAGCCGGAGGAAAAUUGAGCCUUUUAGGUGUUCACAAUCACCUUCCCGCCAAAUUACUACACGACGGUUACGAAUAUUUAUUCGAAGAAAUGGAUAAAAAUAAUCAGAGGAAGUUGUACAGGUGUCACAGAUACCUGAGCCCCGAAAGUUCAUGCAUGGCAAAAGCCGUUGUCACCGAUAAGGGAGAUUUAAAUUUAAUCGGACUUCAUUCACGUGACAGAGCUGGAAGACAAAGAUUUUGGAGAUGUAAAUAUUAUAGGAGUAAACAAAAUGCUAAAUGUAAGACAAGCCUUUGUUUUUCAACGGAAGGAGUCAUGAAAAUUUACGGCAUACACAAUCAUCCAAAAGAACAUCCAAUAAAUAUAAAAUCUAGAAGUGACGUCAUCAAUAAUUUACAAAAUAAUUGA